AUGGUAAAAAAUCAAAACGAAUUUAACGAAAAAUUUAACGAUAAAGAAAUAGACGAAAUAGAAAUUAAACGUAAAAAAUUUGAAGGACAACUAAUUAUUAAAGAUUAUUCCAAAUUAGAAGAAAUAUACUUGUAUAAUGUUUCAAGUAUCGAUAAAAUAACUCUUAAAGAUUUACCGCAACUCGAAAAAUGUACUAUCCGAGGUUGUGGAAUAAAAGAGUUAGCGAUUGAGAAUUGUUCCCAAAUCAAAGAAUUGAAUGUUGAAAGCAAUCUUUUAACUAGCUUGGAGUUUGCAAAAAACUUACCGAAUUUACAAAGAUUGGAAGUAGAUGGCAACCUUGAACUUGCUUCCGGCUCAGAAUUCUUACCCAAAGGUUUAAAAAAAUUCUCUUGCGACAAUACCAAACUCCCUUCUUUAGAACAAAAAUAUGAAACACUAAAAGGAAUCAUGACUUCAGUUACUAAAGAAACCCAAAAAGAAUUAGUAGGUAAGUUAGACCAAGAAAUAAAAGAAGCUUCUGGACAACUAAGAACUAAGGAAAUAGUCUUGAAUCUAACGAAAGGCGUAGCAGGAUUAAAAGAAGUAAAAAAAGAUUUAGAAACUAAUCUAGCUGAAUCGGAAGCAAAAAUUAAAAGACUAGAAACAGAAUUAGCCGAAGCCAAAGCCCGAGCUGAACAAAGACAGAAAAAAAUUGAGGAGUUGAGUCAAGAACACUCUUUGGAAGAAAUUGAGCAAACUCCGAUCAAUGAAAAAACAAUCACUUUUUUAAGAGCCAAGUCAAUUUUCCUUAAUGCCCGUCAAGAAACCAUUGGCGAAUUACAAAAAUGUUUUAUCGACUUACAAAAAAAGUUUGGUAAAGGUAAAGUUAUCGGAGAAGUAAGCAGUGCGAUAAGUGGCGUGGGUGGAGUACUUGACACCGUAACUUUUGGUAUUACUGGAGCAAUCGGAGAAGUAAUUAAAUUAGGAAGCACUUUCUCUCAAAUAGUGCUGGCUGAAAAGGGUAAUGAAGAAUUUCAAAUUUCCCUUAAAGAUGAAAAAGAAUUAAUUCAACUUCAUAAAGACUAUGAUUCGCUAGUUAGUUUUAAAUCAGGCACUAAUAUUCUCGACUUAAGAGGUAGAACUAGAGAUGGCAAAGCCCGUGCUUUUAAUACUGAUUAUGAAAUUUUCAGCAUUCUGGAAUCCAAGAAUCUUGGUGAAGAAAAAGCUAGUCUUUUUUAUCAAGAGCAGCAAAUUGGAGCUAAAAUUCGUCGUUUAGAAAAUCAACUGGAAGGAUUAAAGAAUUCAGCCAAGGAUAAACUAAAAAAGCGCGAGUUACUUCUGCAAAAGUUUUUGAAUAACCAAGCAGCCCUAACUACUUCGGAAAGGGAAUUAUUGGAAAGAAAAAUAACCAAAGAAGAAUUAGAUAAUAUUUGUCAAGUUCAAGUUGCUCUUACUAACUCACAAAGAGAAUUAGCAAUCUUACAAGAACAACAAGCACAGUCUGCAAAAAUUUGUGAUAAACUAGAAGCUUCUCUUAAUAUUGGCAAGCAUGCCAAAACCGAUGAAAAGGGUAAAUUAAUUAGUGCUGGCGGAAACGCUUUCAGUUCGCUAACUUUGGGAAUUAUCAAGGCAUUGGGAGAAGCAAUUCAGUCGCUAAAUAGUUCUUCGAAGAGAAAACUCUCGGCAAAACUUAGUGCAGAAUUUCAGAAGCAUUUGGCUACUGAGGAAGAUAUUUUAAAACUUUUUGCCAAAGACUAUUUUUCUUUAAUUAAUGUCAUUAAGGAAAAUAAAGAAUUAGCAAUUAGUUUUUAUAUUAUUAGGUAUUUAAAACUUGAAAAUAGACUAGAAAGUGAAAAUCUUGAAUUAUUUGCUAGUGAUUAUGAAACUUUUAAGUCCGAGUUAGGAAAAGAGCAAAAUUGGUUUGAACAAAAAUCAACUGAACUUCAAAAGCAAGAAAGGCAAGAAAAUUUGGAGCAAAAUGUUGUUUCUGAGAAAGCAGGCAUGCCUUGA